UUAAGUGCUUUGCAAAGGCCAAGAAACACAAAAAAAAUAAUUCGUACACAAUGUCGGUUUUACUCCAUUAGUUUCGCAAUAGCCGCGGUUAUGACGAUAUUUGCACUUCAUUGGUUUGCCUUUAUUGCCAUUCGCGAUUGUCACAGGGCACAUCCCGUCAUCAACAUAGUGCUGCUGUUAGGAUUUUUACUUCUUUCAGGAUCGUAGUGUUGUGCUGAGUCUUGCGUGAGGCUACAGCAAGCUUCGUCAACAUGUCUCUGAAGCAGAUAGUUGGGAAUAAGCUUCUGAAUGAGGUAAUUCGACCUUUGAAGAAACCUGAAGGAAAAGGUUGGAAUGCGCUGGUCGUAGAUCGGCUCUCAAUGCGUAUGCUUUCCGCGUGCUGCAAGAUGCACAACAUUAUGGAAGAUGGUAUAACUAUUGUGGAAGAUCUGGCAAAGCGAAGAGAACCUCUGCCCAGUCUGGAUGCCAUAUAUCUCAUAGCUCCAACAAAAGAAUCGAUUGAUCGUCUGAUUGCUGAUUAUACAGUGCGCAAUCAGUACAAAUGUGCCCACGUCUUUUUCACCGAAGCUUGCCCGGAUACGUUGUUUUCGGAGCUUUCUCGUAGUGCAGCGGCUCGUCACAUCAAGACUCUGAAGGAAAUCAACAUAGCUUUCACACCUUAUGAGAGUCAGGUGUACACCCUGGAUUCGCCUGACACGUAUUUUCUGUACUACAAUGCCCAAAAACAGGGUGGGCUAACAUCCAACCUCGAACGCAUAGCCGAGCAGUUGGCAACUGUAUGCGCCACAUUGGGAGAGUAUCCUUCUCUACGUUAUCGUGCUGAUUUUGAACGAAACGUGGAGCUCGGUCACUUAGUAGAACAGAAGCUUGAUGCAUAUAAAGCUGACGAUCCCACAAUGGGUGAGGGAGCAGAUAAAGCGCGGAGCCAGUUAUUGAUUAUAGAUCGCGGUUUCGAUGCUGUAACUCCGCUUUUGCAUGAGUUGACAUUACAAGCUAUGUGUUAUGACUUGCUUGGUAUCGAGAAUGAUGUGUAUCGCUACGAAACUGGUGGCAAUGAUAGUGUCGAGAAAGAGGUUCUUCUCGAUGAGAAUGAUGAUCUUUGGGUAGACACGCGUCACAAGCACAUUGCGGUUGUAUCACAGGAGGUCACGAAAGGAUUGAAAAAAUUCAGCGACAGCAAGGCCGGUUUUAAAGCAGAUGCUAAAUCCAUAAAGGACCUAUCCAUGAUGAUCAAGAAAAUGCCUCAACAUCAGAAAGAACUGAAUAAAUUUAGUACUCAUUUUCACCUGGCUGAGGAAUGCAUGCGCCAGUAUCAAAGCGGCGUUGACAAACUCUGUAAAGUCGAGCAGGAUCUCGCUACACAAAUUGAUGCUGAAGGAGAGCGGGUUAGGGAUCCAAUGAAGUUGAUGGUACCAUUAUUGAUUGAUCCAGUGGUAAAGACAGAAGAUCGCCUGAGACUUAUACUCCUGUAUAUUCUCAGCAAAAAUGGCAUCACUGAUGAAAAUCUCAACAAGCUUCUCCAACAUGCAAAUAUCGCAAUGGCUGAAAAGGAAACAAUAACGAAUGCCUCUCUUCUUGGUCUCAACAUCACGACUGAUCAAGGACGAAAGAAGGUGUGGACGCCUUCCAGAAAGGAGCGGCCGAAUGAGCAAGUUUAUCAGUCGUCGCGUUGGGUUCCAGUAUUGAAAGACAUCAUGGAGGAUGCUAUCGAUGACAAACUUGAUACAAAGCAUUUCCCCUUCUUAGCUGGUCGUCAGAUAAAUCAGCCAUUCAGAGCUCCAACUUCUGCACGUUAUGGGCAGUGGCAUAAGGAACGUGGGCAGCAAGCGCAGUAUCGCAGUGGCCCACGUUUGAUUGUGUUUGUUAUUGGAGGCCUUACAUACUCAGAAAUGCGAGCAGCCUAUGAAGUGACACAAGCGAAGAAGCCGUGGGAAAUUAUCAUAGGGUCCGAUCAAAUCAUCACUCCUGAAAAGUUCUUAACCAAUCUCCGCGAUUUGAACAAACCACGCGAACAAUGACAACCAGCUGGGCACAGAAUCGAAACAGUGGAGGAUGAAACAGCUCCUUACUCUUGACGAGAAGUGGUAAUGCUUUAGCGUCUGCAUUCUUAGCUCUUUAUGGAUUGUACAGCUUUUGUAUGAGAAAGAUUUAAUCAUGCCCAUCACCCAUAGCUGCCAUAGAUGGGCUGAGUCUUUCGCCUAGUAAGGUUUUCGGUUUUGAUGAGUAUCUCUUUUUUGAUUCUGUGACCAUCAGCCGUAGCUUUCCGUAGCUUUCCUUUGCAUUAUAGAAGAUUCUAUUUGUUAUCUGGUUUCAUGCAUGUCCAUAAGGUUGAUCUGUGUUCCCUGUCUCUUUGAAUGCUUUUAUCACUAUAGCGACUUCUUUGCUCUCUGUCCUUCUACAGCUCUUCAUCAAUUGACGGCAUUCAAUCCAAGCUUUCACUCUCGCAUGAAAUACUAUAUUCUAUUGUUCAAUGGAUUAGUUUGAAAAGUAGUUAUUGUCGUGGGAUUUUUGUAUCUACAAUGUGCGAAAAUUGUUCAUAAGACUUUCACUCUCUUGAAAUUUUCGUAUCUGUUUGUAUGUUUUAAUCGUUGUGACAUUCGAUUCAUAGCAAUAUGUAUAGUUCUUCCUUGUAUGGCUCUUUAGACUUUACAUUCCGGUUUUGGACCCAGUUUGGUCGUAAUUUAUUGACUGCAUAUGAAAAUGGUGAAAAUCAAAAUCUGGUCUUGAAAUAAUCUCUUUAUCAAUAAAAAUUU